AUGGAGGAACUAACAAAGGAUUGGAAGAAACUAUCGUUGUCUAGUAAGGAGGAUAACAAGUUUGAUCUAUCAAAAAAUAAGAAAAGGCAGACAUAUACUUUAGCAGCAAAGUUCUUUACGCGGCGAUCUAUAAACAUUGAGGCGGUAGCAAAAACUUUUAGGCCUUUGUGGCGCACGAGAAGAAAAUUUGAAGUCAGCAAUGCAGGGGAUAAUAUAUUACUCUUUGCGUUCGAAUCUGAGGAGGAUAUUGAAAAGGUCCUUAUGGGCGAACCUUGGGCGUUUGAUAGACAUUUGGUGGUCUUCCAAAGGUAUGAUAUGUCUUCUCCGAUUGAGAACCUCCAAUUCAACAAGGUAGCUUUUUGGAUUCAGAUUCAUAAUCUACCAUAUUCCCUACUGUCAAGCGAGGUGGCAAGCAGUUUAGGUGAGACAUUGGGAGAGGUCACGGUGCCGAAAGAUCAGACUGAAAUGAGGGGUGGUAAUUUUCUGAGAGUAAGGGUGGUCAUUGAUGUAUCGGAGCCACUAUGCAGAGGUCGGAGGGUUAAAUUUGAUGAGAAUGAAGAAGGUUGGGUUUCCUUUAUGUAUGAAAGGUUACCUAAUCUAUGUUACUGGUGUGGCCAUCUCACUCAUGAUGACAAGGAGUGUAGUCUCUAG